AUGUCGACUCCAUCGACUUUACCUCCCCAUCAUCCCAAUUACGGAUACUCACAUCAUCAGAAUUAUCAAUCAAACCACCAAUAUCGAGCGAGCAACGGCCUGUUGAACGGAAAUAGCCGUCUGGGCACCUCUUACACCCUUCCGACCAACUCGUCGAGCAAUAGCACAUCGUCGAGUGUAGCUCCUCUUGCAAAGUCGACUCAAAUCCCCUCACACCCUGCGAAAGUCGAGUCUAAAAAGUCUCCAAAAAAGCCCGCAGCCAUGGUUUCUACCUCGUCGCAAGCGCCUCCCCCGCACAAGAGACAAAGAUCCAAGGAGAGACAACCAGACUGGGAUAAAUUCUACGAGAAUGGUUUACCCAAAGAGGUAAUUGUCAUCGAUAGUUCUGAAUCCCCCGAACCAUCGUUGGACGUUUCCUCACAUAUCCAAUCCAAUAAUUCUGCCGUGGCAGCGAAUAAUGGCCAUGCGGCGAAGAAGAGAAAACGCAAUGAUGCAUAUGAUCCCGUAUACCAACUCGACCCCUCGAUCGAUCCGAGUCCACACUACAAAUCAGAAUCGGGUUCUGGUUCCACGAUAUCCACCGAUCGCACAACAUCAGCAAUUCAUACAACAGCCGCUACGUCCCUUGGUUCACAUUCAUCCAAUGGGCAAAAUGGGUACGAGGCUGCGGAAGUCAUAGGGCAGAAGAGGAAAAGGACCAAUACUCGGUUGCAAAUUGCGAAUGAAGCGAAGAGGAAAGAACUAGAGAUCAAUGGGGAUGCUUUCACCAACUACAUACCACCCCCCAAGCCACCCAUAAAAUCUCGCGACGUCCCAGUACGACCGAUUGCGGAUAAUUCUUAUACUAAGAAUACCAAAAUCGAUGAUGACGACGGACAUUAUAUCGUCGUUCCAGAAACGAAUCUAACAACACAAUACCAGGUUCAGAAAUUACUUGGCCAAGGAACCUUUGGAAAGGUUGUACAAGCUAAAGAUCUUCACAAUGAUAAAUGUGUUGCUAUCAAGAUCAUUCGCUCUGUACAGAAAUAUCGGGAUGCUUCGAAAAUUGAGUUACGAGUCCUCUCAACGCUCAAAGCAAAUGAUCGUGAGAACCGGAACAGAUGUAUACAUCUACGGGAUUGUUUCGAUUACAGAGGGCAUAUAUGUAUAGUCAUGGACCUUUUGGGACAGAGCGUUUUCGAUUUCUUGAAGGGCAAUUCCUUCGUGCCCUUUCCCAACUCCCAGAUUCAACAUUUUGCGCGACAGUUAUUUACGAGUGUUGCUUUUCUCCACGACUUAAACUUAAUUCACACAGAUCUCAAGCCAGAGAAUAUCUUAUUAUGCAACAGUGCAUAUCAAGCUUUUACAUACAGCCGCAAAAUUCCUUCUUCUUCAAGCACAGUUACGCGACAAGCGGCACAGCGGAAAGUUCUUCUGGAUACAGAAAUUCGACUCAUUGAUUUUGGUUCCGCAACCUUUCAGGAUGAAUAUCACUCAUCUGUCGUAUCUACACGUCAUUACCGAGCUCCUGAAAUUAUUCUUGGUCUUGGUUGGUCUUUCCCUUGCGACAUCUGGAGUAUUGGAUGCAUACUUGUCGAAUUCUUUACGGGUGACGCCCUUUUCCAAACACAUGACAACCUGGAGCAUCUGGCCAUGAUGGAAGCGGUAGUCGAUAAGAAAAUCGAUAGCCAUCUCGUUCAACAAGUCAACACGAUGGCAAAGCGAAACGGAGGAAAUCCAGCUCAAAAAUAUUUCAAGCGCUUAAGACUUGAGUACCCAUCUGCUGACACCACAAGGGCUUCACGGCGAUUUGUGAAGGCGAUGAAACCCUUACAUGAAAUCAUUAAGGAUCAGUCAAAAUUUAGCAAGAAUUUCCUGGAUCUAUUGAGAAAGAUAUUUGUCUAUGAUCCAAACGAACGCAUUACAGCCAAGGAGGCGCUUCAACAUCCGUGGUUUAAGGAAGCCGCAACUGCAGAUGACGGUACAGAAGCGGCGAAAAUCAGAUUACAAAGGCAAAGCGGAACAUUUGUGGCACCACAGAGGCAUCAUUGA